AUUCCAUUUGCCAGUUCACCCCUCAGAUGGGUCAUUAUGUUGGACCCACUGUGUGAGCCUGCACAGCUGUCGCCGGUGAUUGGUUAAAUGUCCUCACACCUCAAACAUUGGCAUUACAAGCACCAUGCGUAAACACACAGGUGACUGCAAGUGUGUUAGAAGACCAGCCCCCCCCUCCUUUAAACAGGGACGAGAGAGAUUACAUACAGUGGAAAACCAAAGCAGGACGGUCCUCGUCAACCCUGGGGGCCAUGCUUAGUGAUGGUUAAGGGAAGUACGCUGCUCCUUAGGUUGCGGCUGUGGAAACGCAGCAACACACACUAACGGUGCAGAGAUCUAUGCUUGUCUUUAAUUGGUGCAUGGAUUUCCUUCACUUCCAACCCCACCAGCCACCUUUCUUCCUCGUGUGCACACGCGCACACACACAGGGCUCUAGGUAGUGAAAUACGAUCGGCGCUCGUAGUGAACCUUUGUUCGCGCUUUUUUUCGGGUCAGGGAUGCUCCACGCAGACAAAGGAAGGAGGUUUCCUUGCUGUGGGUGGUAAUUACGACCCAGCCUUAGGAACGUAGAAGUUAGAGCUUCUCAGACACACUGCCACAUCACACCGCGCCUUGGCCAAGCAGGUUACUCCACUACAACAUGCAUCUAGGACUUUUGGUGCUGCUUCUUUUCUUGACAAAAAGCUGUUGGUGCGCCCCGCAGAAGAGUUGUCAGUCCGAAGACGAGCUUUUAGGAAGAUGCAGCAACAAUUUAUACGAGGAAAAACCAACCUGCACAGAGCUGAAUCUGGGCUACUGUAAUGAUAUGGAGUAUUCCAGGACCAUAUUCCCAAACAUCCUUGGACACCGAAGUCGUUUGGAGGCUGAAUCAGGAGCAGAGUACCUUCUCCUCAGCGUCAUCCAUGGCCUGCUCAACGGGGAGUGCUCCCCUGAGAUCCGUCUUGUAGGCUGCUCGGUACUUGCCUCGCCCUGCAAAGAUGACAAGAUGAUCAAACCCUGUCGCAGCACAUGUGAGGCACUGAGGAAAGACUGUUCCCAUGCCUUUGAAGCUAUAGAAAUGGCCUGGCCUUACUUCCUGGACUGUGAUCGCUUCUUUGCUGGUGACCAAGAGGGCUGCUUUGACCCACUAGCAGGGCUGAAAACCAGACAGGAGCAGGAAAUGUCCAGUCUCUCUCCUGAAGAACCCAGCACCAUCAUCCAGUUCACAUACACCUCCAAUGCCCAGAUGUACAGCUUACUGAAGAAAACAGCAGCCAAGUGUUCCCACAUCUCUCAUGUCUACAGCAUCGGACGCAGCACCGAGGGCAGAGAUCUAAUGGUUAUUGAGUUCACCAACAACCCUGGGCAGCAUGAGUUAUUGGAGCCAGAGAUCAAGCUGGUGGGUAACAUGCAUGGCAACGAGGUGCUGGGCCGCCAACUGCUCAUCUACCUGGCCCAGUACCUAUGUUCAGAGUACAUGCUGGAAAAUCAGCGAAUUCAGACCAUCAUCAACACAACCCGCAUCCAUAUUCUGGCUUCCAUGAACCCCGAUGGCUAUGAGUUGGCCGCCUCAGAGGGUCACUUGUUGAAUGGCUGGACCAAUGGACGGACAAAUGCUCAGAACAUUGACCUGAACCGCAACUUUCCAGACCUCACCUCCAUCUUGUACCGAAACCGCCGCAGCAGGCACUACCGCAUUGACCACAUCCCAAUUCCUGAUGCCUACUGGUUUGGAAAGGUGGCACCAGAGACCUAUGCAGUGAUGAAGUGGAUCAGGUCUCUGCCCUUUGUUCAGUCAGCCAGCCUCCACGGAGGGGAACUGGUGAUCUCCUAUCCCUUUGACUUAUCUAGAGACCCAAUUGAGGAGAGGAUGUUCUCACCCACUCCAGAUGAACAGGUCUUCAAGCAGAUUGCUCGUAUCUAUGCAGAUACCCAUGCCACCAUGUCAGACAAUGACACAGAGAGGUGUGGAGCCUCCUUUUACCGAACUAGGGGCAUCAUCAAUGGAGCACAGUGGUAUAGUUUUGCUGGUGGCAUGUCAGACUUCAACUACUUGCACACUAAUUGUCUAGAGAUCACCGUGGAGCUUGGCUGUGACAAAUUCCCCUCAGAGGCUGAGCUUUACCCGGAGUGGAAGAGGAAUAAAGAAGCUCUGCUAAGUUUCCUUGAGUCUGUCCACCGAGGAAUAAAGGGAGUAGUUAAGGAUGUUGAUGGAAAUGGGAUAAAAGGUGCAACUAUCUCUGUUAGGGGAAUUAGGAAAGAUGUCACAACAGCUGAAGAUGGAGACUACUGA